CAGAAGCAGGACGUAGAUUUCAUUGGUCGCCCUUGUUAAAGACUUUCGUACUGUGUAAACGAGUUAUCGUUAAGCACUUUGUGCCGAAAGAUUAAAACAUUUAAUAACGCCGACUAUAGUGGAUGUGUUAUAAGAUUUUGUGAUAAAACUUAACUAGUGACGAUGGCAGACAAUUCAAAAUUGACUGAUGAGGAGUUAGUCGAAAUCAGGGAACAAUUUGCUCAGUUGGACAAGAGCGAGAAUGGAUACAUUGACCUCAAAGAGCUUAAAGACGCGUUGGACGGCGUCGGUUACAAGAUACCACAGUGGAAGGUGCGGUGCAUGAUAGAUGAGUACUACCAGAAUGGCUCCAAGCAAGGGCGCGGCGUCAACGGCAGUGUAAAUGGAGACGCGCAUAGGAAUGGCAUGUCCCUCUCAGAAUUCGAAGACCUGUGCGCUAAUCUCAAAGCACAACAGGUGUCGAGCACAUUCAAACAAGCAGUCAGUAAAAAAGAAAAUCUGGAACACUUGGGUGGCAUGAGCGAGGCUUCCAGUGAUGGUACAACACACUCUGUCAGAUUAGAGGAACAGAUGGCUUUCUCCGGCUGGAUCAAUAGCAAUUUGGAAAAUGAUCCCGAUUUGAAACAUCUUCUGCCAAUUGAUGCUGAGGGGAAACAGUUGUAUGAGAAACUUAAAGAUGGUCUUAUAUUAUGCAAAGUGAUUAACCAUUCAUGCCCGGACACCAUCGAUGAGCGAGCCAUCAACAAGAAGAAUCUAACUUUAUAUACCAAGCAUGAGAACCUGACUCUCGCUCUCGUCUCCUCUCAAGCUAUUGGAUGUAAUAUUGUCAAUAUUGAUGCUCACGACUUGGCCAAAGGCAAGCCUCACUUGGUGCUGGGUCUGCUGUGGCAGAUCAUCAGGAUCGGUCUCUUCAACCAGAUCACACUGGAGCACUGCCCCGGUCUCACCGAGCUGCUCAAUGACCAGGAGCGUAUCGAAGAUCUGCUGGCGUUGUCUCCCGAGGCCAUCCUGCUGCGCUGGGUCAACCACCAGCUGCAGAGCGCGGGCGUGACUCGGCGCUGCACCAACUUCCAGCAGGACGUCGCCGACUCUGAGAUAUACUCCUAUCUCCUCAAGCAGAUCGCGCCUGAUGAUGCAGGAGUCACCUUGGAUGCGCUCAGGGAAACGGAUUUACUUCGUCGUGCAGAAGUUAUGUUACAACAAGCAGCACGUCUCCGUUGCCGUGCGUUUGUGACACCUGCGGAUGUAGUCGGUGGAGUGUACAAGUUGAACUUGGCCUUUGUUGCCAAUCUCUUCAACCAGCAUCCCGGACUUAACCGUACCGCCGAUACCCAGGAGUAUCACCAGCUCGAUGAGACCAGAGAGGAGAAGACGUACCGCAACUGGAUGAACUCGAUGGGUGUAGCACCGCAUGUGAACUGGCUGUACUCAGACCUUACCGACGGCCUCGUCAUCUUCCAGCUCUACGACAUCAUCAAGCCUGGCAUCGUCAACUGGAAGAAGGUUCACAGACAGUUCUCGAAGUUGCGCAAGUUCAUGGAGCGGCUGGAGAACUGCAACUACGCGGUGGAGUUGGGCCGCCAGCUCGGCUUCUCACUCGUCGGCAUCGCUGGUGCAGAUAUCAAUGAGGGCAACGCCACGCUCACAUUGGCUCUGAUCUGGCAGCUGAUGCGUGCGUACACUCUGUCUGUGCUGACGCGGCUGGCCAACACCGGCAGCCCCAUCAUUGAGAAGGAGAUAGUGCAGUGGGUCAACAACAAGUUGCAAGGCGCUGGCAAGACCUCGUCUAUUAAGAGCUUCCAGGACGAAGUGCUUGCGGAUGGCAAAGUGGUGAUCGAUCUUAUCGAUGCAAUCAAACCCGGCUCCAUCAACUACGACCUCGUGCUGCCCGGCGGUAAUGAAGAGGAGAACCUAGCAAAUGCUAAAUACGCGAUAUCUAUGGCUCGUCGUUGUGGUGCGCGUGUGUACGCUCUGCCGGAGGACAUCACGGAACGUAAACCGAAAAUGAUCAUGACAGUGUUCGCCUGCCUCAUGGCACUCGACUAUAUACCCAAUAUGGACGCGCCUCUCGCUAAGGUUGAGAACUCAGAAGUAACGGUUUACUCGGAGAUUACGGAAGUCGAAAAUAACGUCAGUGAGUCGCUGAUUCCUGAAGAUAGCACAGAUGUAAGUCCAGUUUUAGAGAAGCCAGCUCUACCACCGAAACCGGACAAUUUGUCUCCAUUGCUGAGAACACAGUCGGUUUCCACGGAUGAAACUAAAGAAGAAUAAUGGUAAAAUGAUUAUUUUUUUACUUUUGUACAUAGAUUUCAUUUUCUAAUUGUGUUUUUACUAAAUGUAAAUCGCUUCCAAUGAAAAUUCAUUUCGUUUUUGUUAAUCGAAAAACAACGAU